UUUCUUGUUUGGUUUACUCAUGGCGUACAGACUUUUUUCCCUUUUUCUUAUUGUCUCUUAUGCAGCCCGUGAUGAUGGUGAUGGUGGUGGUGGGAAGAGCAGAAGCAACUGCAGUAAAGUAACACUAAGUCCACACUCAAUGGCUGACACUCUUCCAGACGAUUUACAUGUAGUACCUUAUUGAUCCUCACAGCAACACUAUUUUUCAGUUGGAGGAUGAGACAAUCAGCAAUACAGAAAUGCCCACUGUUGAGAAACAUAUGUCUUUUGCUUUACAUCAGAGAAUUCGUAAUAGAGAGCAAUCUUAUGAAUAUCAGGAAUGUGGGAAGACUUUCUGUCAAUACACAAACCCUGUUCAAUGUGAGAGAACACAUGCUAGUGAAAAACCAUACAAAUAUAAAGAAUGUGGGAAGAAUUUUAGUAAUGGACAUCAGCUCACUGUACAUCCGAGAUUUCAUGUUGGUGAGAAACCUUAUAAAUGUAAGGAAUGUGGGAAGUCCUUUACUACCUUUUUGUACCUUGUUCAACAUCUGAGAACUCACACUGUUAGGAAACUCUAUGAAUGUAAAGAAUGUGGGAAGGCUUUUAUUAGAGGCUCAGCAUUUGUUAAACUUAGGAGAAUUCAUACUGGUGAGAAACCAUAUGAAUGUAAGGAAUGUGGGAAGACCUUUGGUAGUAGCCAUCAAUUUAGUGUACAUCAGAGUGGUCAUACUGGUAAGAAACCUUGUAAAUGUGGGGAAUGUGGAAAAGCUUUUAAUAGUAGCUCAUACCUUGUUCACCAUCAAAGAAUCCAUAGCGGUGAGAAACCCUGGGAAUGUGAGGAAUGUGGGAAAGCUUUCAUAGUGUAUGGAAAAGAACUUCGGCAUCAGAGUAUCCAUACUGGUGAAAAACCUUUUGUGUGUAAAGAAUGUGAGAAGGCCUUUAGUACCUUCUCAUACCUCACUCAACAUCAGCGAAUUCAUACUGGUGAAAAGCCCUAUGAAUGUAAAGAAUGUGGGAAGGCCUUUAGUAGUAGCUCACCACUUGUUAAACAUCAGAGAAUUCAUACUGGAGUAAAGCCCUAUGAAUGCAAGGAGUGUGGGAAGGCCUUUCGUCGUGCCUCAUACCUUGUUCAACAUGAAAGACUUCAUCCAGGUGAGAAACCCUAGGAGUGUAAGGAGUGUGGAAAGGCCUUUAGUACUGGCUCCUACCUUGUUCAAAUCAGAGGAUUCACACUGGUGAGAAACCCUAUGAAUGUAAGGAAUGUGGAAAGGCUUUUUAUUGGUCGCCAUCAACUUACUGUACAUCAAAAGGUUCAUACUGAUGAGAAACCCUACGAAUGUAAGGAAUGUGGAAGGACUUUUAAAGUACAUGUACAUCUUAACACAACAUCAGAAAACUCAUGUUGAUGUGAAACCCUAUAAAUGUAAGGAAUGUGGAAAAA